AUGGCCUCUAUAGAGCAAGCUUUAGUGAUGAAACAGUGUUUGGAUGAUUUUUGCUCCCUUUCUGGUCAGAAGGAAACUGUGUGUAAGUCUAAGUGUGUUGGUGGUUUGGGAGUGAAGAAGGCUGCUUGGAUGAAUCAAGAUUUAUUGGCUAAAUUCAGUUGGAGACUUCUUCAGAAUGACCAAGGGCUUUGGGCCAAAGUUCUUAAGCAUCAGUUUCAUAGUUGCUCUAGCAGCUGGAGGGGUAUGUUGUUUGGUGCUAAGCUUCUUCCCUUUGGUGUUAAAUGGAGACACGAUUUUUUGCUUCCCUCUGAGCCGCAACAGGUGAUUCUGCAGUGUGUUAUGGGUUGGCUUACAGCCACUAAGUCUAUUUAUGUUCCUCUUCAUCAGGGUGUAGUUUAUUUUCAUUGGCAAGCCCUUUUGCCAGGGAGUUGUAAGGUUAGUUCUGAUGGUAGUCGAAAGCAUGCUCUUGGUUUCAUUGAAGCUGGGGGGUCUGUUAAGAGAUCAUGA